AUGGGACAGUGCCAAUCCACUCAAGCCGCAGUUCUUGAUGCCACAAACAAGCAUUCACCUUCGGGAGCGUCGGUUGGAUCACACACUGGAAACACCGUAAUCUUGAUUUCCCAAGAGCUGCACAAGACAUUGGUGAACAAUCCUUCAGAGUCCUCCAAAGAGUCGCUAAGCAGCUACUAUAAUGACGAGGACGAUGCGGAAAGCAUGCAAGAUGAUAGCAGUUGGGCCCAUUUUGAAACCACCCCGGUCCACUGUCGGGAGUCCCUAAUCAGUUUGGGCACCACCCAUGAUCAUGAUGACUGUCACUCUGCGUCAACACUGGGCUGGUCGGAAGAAGAGGACACUGCACGGAGGAGUACCUUUGUUCCCGCCACGAGAAGACUCUCCAUUGAACCUGCCAUGGCUGCGGAAUACGAAAAGGCCCUGAUGGGAAUAUGUAAUGAAGCAAAAUGA